AAAAAAGUAAGCAAAGAUGUUGCAGAGAGCUGCUAGCAAUGCCUACUCAUGGUGGAUGGCUAGCCAUAUCAGAACAAAACAAUCAAAAUGGAUGGAGCAAAACCUUCAAGAUAUGGAGGAAAAGGUAUCUGCAGUACUUAGACUCAUCGAAGAAGAUGGAGACUCCUUUAUCCAGAAAGCCGAAAUGUAUUACAGAAAGAGACCUGAGAUCGUAAAUUUCGUUGAGGAAUUUUUCCGAGCUUACCGUGCCUUAGCUGAUCGAUAUGAUCACUUAUCAACUGAUCUACAGAAUGCGAACAACACCAUCGCUGCAAUUUGUCCCGAUCAAGUCAGGGGCUUGGACGACGACGACGACUUUGAUUUCCCAUCAAGUUUCCUGAAAAAGCCAUCAGAUAACAUGGGCAAAGUCCCCAGUGUUCCUAAGCUACCCGUUAAAGAAUUGAAAUUCAUUGCGAAUACGAAGAAGAAAGUGCAAGAGAAGAAGGUGACCAAACAGCCUGUUUCCACCGAGAACAAGUCCGGUGCGACGAUGGAGGAGGGAAUCAGCGAGAUCGAUCGGAUUCAGAAACGAAUCCUGGCAUUGCAGACCGUGAAGGAAUUUGUUAAGAGUUCUUAUGAGAGUACAUUGGCUAAGUACAGGGAAGUUGAGAAUGAGAUCAAAGAAGAGCAACAGAGAGUUGAUAGAUUGCAAGAUGAAUUCGGUGAAGGUAAGGUGAUGGAAGACGACGAAGCUCGGAAUUUAAUGGCAGCAACCGCUUUUAAGUCGUGCAAAGAGACAUUGGAGCAGCUUAUAAAGAAAUACGAGAGAUCGGAGGUCGAAGCCGAAGUCGAGCAAAAGAGGAUCAAAGCAGCAAGGGGGAAGGUGGAUGCUCUGAAAAAGGUGUUCCUUUCGAAACAAUCCGCAGCGGAAGUGACCAAAAUCGCAGACCAAAGGGCAAAAAGAAGGAAAGAAAAUGUGGAUCAUAUCACCGAAAAGCCGAAGGACGACAGGGAGUCCGAGGCGGAGGCCGGCAGUGGUGAUGCCAAGGCAGACGUGGCGGAGAAGAUUGAUGUGCUGGUGAAUAAGGUGACGAGCUUAGAAACUUCAAAUUCGUCUCAGGAAGCUCUUAUUCAGAGAUUGAAAUCGGAAAAUGAUGAACUUCAAGGCCUAAUUCAAAGCUUAGAAGAAGAUAAGGCAAACCUGGUAGAUGGAAAGCAGGAUUUUAAGAUGAAGAUAAUCAACUUGGAGCUUAAGUGGCAAGGGAUUCAGGAUUUGAGCCAUAGUAUUGAAAACCAAAAGAAAAAUCUACAACCUCGUUUCAACGAUGCACAGUCUAAUCUUGAUGAACUUUCCCAGAAUGUGCAGCCGAUCGAGAAUCUCGAAGCCCUGAAAAGCUCGUCCGCAGUACCGAAGAAUGAAACAAAAGAGAAGCCGAAGAAGGCGAAAGCAGGGAAAGAGUUCUUGAAGCCGAAAGCAAAAUCCGAAGAACGUGUUGCAACCAACAAUGCCGAUGCGUCGAAAGAACUAAAUUCCUUCCCAAUAUCUGCCAAUGUUAAUGCUGAUGCAUCGAAAGGAUUAAAUUCUGCGGCAAAAUCAGCAGUUGGUGGUGCCAAUGCAUCGAAAGAGCUACAUUCCAUCCCAAGAUCCGCAAACGAAGGUGCUAACAAUGCAUCGAAAGAACUACAUUCCGUUCCGAAAUCCGAAAAUGAAGGAGACGAAAGUUCUAAGGUUUCAGAAAAAUCUGAUUAUCUGAAAGCAAUGGCUAAAGUUGUCGGACAAGCUUCAUCACCGAUAGCCGACACAGUGUCCAAAUCUGAUUUGAAAGAACAUGAAUUAGCUGCAUUGUCUCAGACCUUGGAGGAAACCAAGAAGAAGCUCAUGGAAGUCGAAACAAAUCAUCAGAACGAACUCUUUGAGAUAACGUUGCAGUUAAAAGAGUUGAAGAACCUUAUCGCCAAGAAAGACGAAGAGAUUCGAUCUUUACGUCUGAAACUAAUCCGAGGCCAGACCGCUAUCGGUAAGCCAAAGGACGAAGGAACUGAUGAAUCCCAAGAAUAUUCCGAGAAAAUACCAGAGCCUAAAACAAAAACAACAGAACCACCUCAACCGGUCAAGAAAAAAGAGGAAGAAGACGAAGAUUCGAUCAAGAUCCCAAAGCCGGUUUACGACGCUGAACCUACAUCCACCAUCGAAGAACAGUUCCGAACAGACAUCGACGAACUGCUAGAAGAGAACUUGGAUUUCUGGUUCAGGUUCAGCUCAACAAUUUGCGAAGUACAAAAGUACCAAACCGGAGUUAAAGAUUUAGAAGAAGAGGUAGUGAAACUAGAGGAAAGGCAAAAGAACGAAGGAAGUAGCACAUCCAAAUACUCUGCAAAUUCAGACGUCCGACCAUUAUAUAAACACCUGAGAGAAAUGCAGACCGAACUGAAUCUGUGGAUCGAAAAGGGAAUGUCAUUGAAAGAAGAACUGAAGAACAGAUCGGCGUCUUUAUUUGAAAUUCAAGAGGAGAUCACCAAAGCACUGAAAGCGAGUGCCGAAGACGAGGAGUUCACGUUCACGAGUUUUCAAGCAGCGAAAUUCCAAGGCGAAAUAUUGAACAUGAAGCAAGAGAACAAGAGGGUUGGCGACAAACUACAAGCUGGUUUGGAACUGGCGACAUCAUUGCAACGUGAUGCGGAGAGGGCACUGGCGAAGUUGAGUGACGACUGGGGACAAUCGGGUUCGAAGAGCCGCCACGGCAGCGGGUCAGCGGAAGUUCGAUCGAACGUGCCGUUGAGGUCGUUUAUCUUUGGUGCGAAACAAAAGAAACAGAAGGCUUCCAUAUUUUCAGUGGUUCAACCUGCACUGCAAAAGAAGCAGAAUAAAUCAGGACAUAGCAGUAGUAGAUGAUAAAUGGUUCGACGCUGAAUGUUUUGCUUAUACUAAUA